AACCAUAAAAAUGGCAUAUUAAAGUACAUUUUGGCUAAAAUCUUACAAAAUGGGUAUUUCAAGUCUUACAAUUGGAGGGCAGUCAACAAUAGGACUACAAUCAUCAAUUACUCCCAACAAAAAAUACCCUUACACAAUUCAUCAAAAUCCUCAAAUCCAAUCUCUACAAUUACAGUCUACAAGUGGGUGGAAUCUUUAUCAAAUAAGAAGCAAGAGAAAUCGAUCCUUGAGCAUAAUUAGGGCAUCAGCAGAAAGUACCAGGAUGUCGACAACUGUGGAGAAAUUGGGUGUCAAGAUUGAAAGAAACCCUCCUGAAUCUAGGCUUUCUGAGCUUGGUGUUCGUGAUUGGCCCAAGUGGGGUUGUGCUCCUAGUAAAUUUCCUUGGACAUACGAUGCGAAGGAGACUUGCUUUCUAUUGAAAGGAAAGGUAAAGGUUUAUCCCGAUGGUUCGAGUGAAGCUGUCGAGAUUGGAGCUGGUGAUUUAGUGGUAUUUCCUAAAGGUAUGAAGUGCACUUGGGAUGUCUCUGAAACUGUUGAUAAGCAUUACAUGUUCGAGUAAUCAUAUGGUUCGUUAUUGCUCGUCUUUCGAUGUUUCUCGACUACUAGUUUGAUUAUAUCAUCAUCCGACAUCCUGUUGCUCAAUAAUCUUGUAACAUGUUUGCUUAAUCUUGUUGUUCUUAUUUGUCUACUAUUUUUGCAAGUCCAUACAGUCUUUCUUCAAUUUCUUCUCCUUUUGCCAAUUAAAGAAAAUGAUGAAUAUGCCACUUUGUUGGAGCUUCACACAA